GCAGAUACUUCGAUCGCAACUUGGGUCGUGUUGUUUGUGUACUACUCAACCUGCUCGAAUGCUCACAGGAUUCGACUGGCCGUAACAUCUUCGAGCUAAUGGACAAAGAGCUACAGCGUCGUGAGUUAUCGUGGCAGAACUGCCUGAGUUUCGGUGCAGACAACGCAUCUGUCAUGCAGGGGAAACAUCAGGGUGUUGCGCACUAUCUGCAUAAAGAGCAUAGUGAUAUGUAUAUUCUCGGUUGUCCCUGCCAUCUUAUGCACUUGGCAGCACAGAAAGCCUGCAGCAAGCUGCCAGCAUCACUGGAUGAGCUGCUAGUUGAUAUCUUUUAUUACCUUGAUAAAAGCAGCAAACGUAAACAGUCUCUCCAAUGUUUUCAGCUGUUGAAUGGAAAGGAAACGAGAAAGAUCUUAAAGCACGUCAGCACGCGCUGGCUAUCACUAGGCCAAGCAAUAACAAGACUGCUCGAUCAAUGGGAGGCAGUCACCAACUUUUUCGAGUCCGAGCUCGACAAAUCGAGGCCGAAAAAGAACAGAACUGCUCUGCAUCCGACCAGUGCUGCAGCAAAGGCUACAUCAACAUCAAAGAUUCGAUCACACACUCACAGUUCUGCAUCCAAGGCUUCUUCAUCCACUUCACCCAUAAAACAAAAGAAAGACUUUGAUUUGACCUCGUUUCUGUUUCGACAAAAUGAAGUAGCUAAAAUCGCGAAAGACGCAAGUGAUAAAAAAAGAGAGAAAGCCAAGGCUAAAGAGUUGCACACACAACUCUCCCCGUCGGUAGGGCUGAUCAAGCCAGUCAACAAAGUGGAGAAGGUGCAGCAGCUGAUGUCAAAUCCACACGUAAAGCUGUAUGCACUAUUUUUGAAAGCUGUUCUGCCCAUAUUUGACAUGGCCAAUCAGGCAUUAUAAAAGGAUGAGCCAGUGAUACACCUACUGCACAACACUCUCACUGAUCAAUUAAAGGAUGUUUUGACGCGUUUUGUUGUGCCAAAUGUGAUCUGUCAGAAUCAAAAUGCCCUACACAAGGUGCCAUAUGCAGACGGUAGCUCCCAAGUGCAUGAUGCUGAUCUGUUCAUUGGUACAGAUACUAUGUCAUUCAUCAAUCAGCAUAAAUCGCAGUUAGACACAAAAUCAUUCUAUGCAUCCGUGAGAACAUUCUAUGUGACAGCAGCAACAUACAUGGCAAAGAACUUCCCAUAUGAUGACCCAGUCCUGGUAAAUGUCUGUGUAGCAAACAUAGAGAGGCAGAAUGCCAGUUGGGAAUCUCUCUGGUACUUCAUGAAUUGGUGGAAGUGCUUGUUGCCAGCAGACCAGUCAAUGGAUCAGCUGCAGACGGAAUUCAUCAGGUGGCGAGUAAGCACUUUCUCUGACAGCAUUCUGACAGCCUGGAAUGAUGUGGCCUGGGGGCUGAUUCAGCAGUUGAAAGAUGUCAAUGGACAGCCAAAGUUCGCUAUGCUUUGCUCUGUGAUGCUGGGCAUUUUGGUUCUGUUCCACAGCAAUGCUGACUGUGAAAGGAUUUUUUCAUUUGUCACCAAAACGAAGACUACCUUCCGACCAAGCAUGUCCACCAAAACGCUAAGCAGCUUGAAGGUACACAAAGUGUCCCUCAAUGCCAGAGGAACAAAAUGUUUUCAACAGAAGCAUUCUGGAGCUUUUCUGGCUACGGCCAAAAGUGCCACGUACAAAAAAAACUCCACGAAAAAUAAACGUUUUGCCGUUAAACAGUAAUAUAAUACAAUGCGUAUUGAGGAUUGUGGUGUUAAUCUGGUGAAGUUGAUGAUGUACAUAGUAUGCUUGUAAUAAUAAAUAAAAAGUAUUA